GUGCGGGGUCGUGUGCGCGCCGCGCGCCGCGCUGGGCUUUAUAUUUGAUGAUGGACGAGUUCGAAGGUAGACUGGCUGAAGAGGUUCACCUGUAUGACCACAUUGAGAGACCACAAGGACACUCAAAUGGCCUUCAGAUCAUGGAAAGAGAUAGCCACCAGACUGGGAAAGGAAGAGGCAUUUUGUCUGAGGCCGUGGAAGAACAUGAGAGAUCGCUUCGUCAAAGCCAAAGAAAGGACUUAUGGGAAGCGUAGCGUUGGUGACCUAACGUUAGGUGCAAACAAAGCGUCCCCGCCGAUUCUGGUGGAGCUGGGAUGGCUGUCCCAGUUCGUUAAACAUCGAGAGGUGGACAAUAAUUGUGACUUGGAGGAUGACGGGGCAGGGCUCAUCAGUAAAGUCCAGAAGACACCAUUAAUCAUCUGCACCCCAGACGACACAAGUGUUGAUCCACCCAUAUCUUCGACACCGGGCAGCCUCUCCCCAUCACCACACUCAUCUGCCGAACCAUCGCUUUCUGGACCAUCCUCAGCAGAGAUGACAUAUUCUUCACCCUCUGUUGACUCAUCACCUCACCCAGAUCCCUCAUCAUCUCCCCUUAUUCUACUCACCUCUGUCGCCGCCGGAUCAACCCAUCCAGACCUGUUUUCCCCUCUAUCAAAUCAUGUCACCCGCCCUUCACCCUCGACAUGCACCUCAACUCGGAAGAAGAGACGCGCCAUAGAUGAUGUAAUUCUUACAAGAUUGGCGCACCUGGACCCAGAGAGACAUAAAUUUAUGCAGCGGGACAAUGAGGACUUUCGGUUUGCUGCAAUAAUUCCGGACAUGCUGGCUAAAGUCAACCCGGAGCAUAAAUCAGAAGUUAAAUUUAAAAUAUACCAGAUGCUCUUUAAGGCACAAAACGAUUGUAAAUAAAAGACAGCUGCUGUUUUGUAUAAAGUUAUUUUUUUUUUUGAUUUACAACAAAUGUCAACAAUAUAGAGAAAUACUGUGAAUAAAAAGUUUUUGUAUUAACAA